AUGCCCAUCAAUCUUCUCAAACUACCUUGUUUAGUUGGCGCUAUGGUCGUGACUGAAUUGGACUACCAAAAAAUAUUUCUACUCAGUCUGUGCUCCCGUCGUACUUUAUUUCUAGGGAAGAAAGCAAGAAUCACGGUUCACAAGUUAACAUUGCAUUCUGAAAAAUUAUCGUAUCAUGGUACGAGUAUCGUAUCAUGGUACAAAAAGAGACCAGAACAUUUUGUUAUGGAUGCACCUAACUGUGCAAAGGAGGAAUAUCGUCUCAGAAGCGAAGAUUUUGUCGAAAUAAAACAAAUUACAGAUGGAAAAAGAGCUUUCCUUGCUUGUGAUCCUACCUGUUUGGAAUUUUUUGUUCCCGAAAUCUAA